AUGGCACACGUGAAUCUCCUCGUGUAUCUGAUUAUGUGCCCCUUCAAUGUGAGGCACAUACUCGAUGCGCCCAGCUUCCCAUUCCGGUUAAGAAGCAAAACAGCAAAGGGUGAAACAUUUAUGUAUGGAGCGACUGGAAGAGAAAACCGGGGGAAUUCCUUUUCCCGACAUGAUGAAAUGUACAUGUUGGACCUAGCGAAAAUAUAUUAUCAAAUUGUGUUAAAAUAUAAGAGGGAUGUUAGACAAGGACAGGAAGAGAAUUACGAUUUGGUGGUAAGCUCCUUUGGGAAGGAAGCCAACAUGAUGGGGAUCUCCCUCCAAAGAGUCCGCGUCACAAAUGAUGCCGUAUACCUGUCCUACCAGAAGGUGCAAAACGGACGAAAUGAACGAAACGGACGAGACGAAUCAAACGAACCAAACGAACGAAACGAACAUCCCAUCCAAGUUAAGAUAAACAGGGGUGAAGAAAUAUCUACCUAUUUGGACCUCCUAAGGUUGAAUUCCUGUUUGUACAAGCUCAACUCAGACGAUUACAAUUUCAUGAAAAGAGCAUCGGAUCAUAGCAAGCCAAUAAUGAUCAGCACAUACCACAUAUAUAUACUGCUGAUUGUCUUUUCCCUUUGCACUUACGUGGAGAAGAGUCUUCUGCUUCACAUCCCAGCGUUGAAGAAGUGUCAAGUAUUUCUAACCCUAUGUUUGGUGUUUUUCCCAAUAAUUAGUUACCUGUUCUUUUUUUAUACUUAUGCGAGCCUAUUUGGAGUGCUCCUCCUGUAUGUGCUUUUUUACUUCCUAUUUUGGAACCUGUCUUGUAGAAGGAGAGGGGAGGGAUUGGGCCAGCAUACCGGUCAUUGGAAAAUGGACCGCGAUAACCUAGAAGAACUCGACACACAACAGGAAAGACGCCAGAAGUGUUUGGUCCAUAUGAGAAUAGCUAACCUAUGCAUUACCUACAUAUGCAUAUUCGCUGUCGAUUUCUAUUUUUUCCCAAGACAAUUUUCCAAAUCGUUUUUUUUUGGGAACACUUUGAUGGAUUUAGGGGUCGGGGGAUGCAUCACGUCCAGUGCGUAUUCUCUAAACAGGAGGAAGCUCAUUCACUCUGCUAACCUCAGGGGACGUAUAAUCGAUUGGAAGCAUUUCAUUUUGUUUUCCCUGGGAAUAGCUAGAUACAUUGCAGUCAAAUUAUUCAAUUAUAGUUACAGCUUAACUGAGUAUGGGAUGCACUGGAAUUUUUUUCUCACUCUCUUUUUUACAUUCCUAAUUUGUAACGCCGUACUCACCUUGAUAAAAGGGGUUAGACGUAUCUUUCUCCUUAGCUGUGUUCUUAUCUGUGUGUAUGAAUUUGUUAUUUGGCAUCUAGACCUUACGAAUUACUUACUGGCAGACGAUACAGAACGGACCCACUUUUUUUCCUUGAACAGAGAGGGCCUUAUGAACGUCAUUGGGUCUGUUAAUCUGUACCUCUUUUCCUUUUCCCUUUGGAAUGGAUAUGUGCUGCAGGAUGAGGUGCAUCAGGAUGAGGUACCCCAGGGGAAGCGAGCACAGUGGCAGCGAUAUGCGCAUCUCUCCCCAGUUUGCCUCACCCUGAAGUUGUUUACGAUGUCCCUCCUGUUCCACCUGCUGCACCUCCUUCUGAAUUACUACCGAAACUACAGUGUGCGCAUUUUGUGCAACGCCAACUAUAUAUGCGUUAUCUCCUCCGUGAGUCUCUUCGCGGCUUCCCUCAGCUACUUCGUAGAGGCAAUACUCCUACGCGAGAAGACCACCACCAUCCCAGUUUUGCAAAAAAUGAAUAGGCACUCCCUCGCAGUGUUCCUCUUUUGCAACAUAACCAUGGGAGCUUUCAACCUGCUGUUUCAGUCCCUCUUGUUUCCUCUAUUUUUUGCAUGCAUCGUUUUGGCGGCGUACUCAUAUGGUAUGUUGCGCUUCGCAUCCAUGUUGCCUGGACCCGCGGAGAGGGAGAGGGCGAAGCAGAAGGAGAAGCAUUAUUAA